CGUGCCCGAUCCAUCAGAAUUAAACGUUGGAUGGGCAUAGUACACUGUAGAAGCGUGAAAUUAUGUGCGAACGUUCACGUACAAAAAAGGAGAGAUAAUGAAAUUUCGUCUCGGAAGUCAUACAUAUUAACAUAUUUUCUGGAAUUUAACUUUAAAUACAAUGAUACGGCAUCGAUAAUUGUAAAUCAGAGGUUAUAAAUGUAAUUAAAGAUUGUAAAAAUUGUAUACACUCUGGAUGACUGGAUUACGGUGCAGCAUGUACAAGACAUAUUAUAGUAUACAUUAAGAAAGAUUUAUCCAGAUCGCGCCGCAAAAAGAAAGAGUUCAAGUGAACAGGUUCAAACAUACUGCUUCCGGCGAGAUUCGAAAAUUGCAUGCUUAUAUAGCAGCAAUUAUUCAACCUAGCAGAACAUAAACGACAGUUUAAAUUUUUUUAAAUGGCAAAGGCGUUACGUUUGCAAGUAUUCGCGAUAGGCUUGUUGGCCGUCUGCCAAGGAUUCAGCACGGGCGCCCCGGACUUCUCGUGCAAGGACCCAUCGACCUUCCACACACGUGCAAUCAACGCCACGCACGAGGGGGUCAUCAUGCCACAGUCCCCGGGGUCCAACCCCUACAGGAUAAGGGUAGAAUCGACUACAUUUAACCCCGGCGAUCGAAUAAGAGUGACGCUGUACUCAGAAACAUCAAACCAACCAAUCAGAGGAUUCUUCCUGCAGGCGAUUCAAGCCGACAUCAACAUCCGGGACCUGCGCAGACGCUCUUAUGGACGAUUCGAAAACUUGACUUCGGACGAGAAGCCCUCCGUCUGCGAGAGUACCAGAAAUUGGAGGGCCGGCGGGGUAACGCACACCAAUAGCCGCACCCAUCGCGCAGUGACGGUCGUCUGGGUGGCACCGGAAGAAUGGAAUCCGGGACCGCUGCAGUUCCUGGGGACUGGUGUCCUAGACUACAACACGUAUUGGACGGAUGUACGAUCUCCACAAAUCAAUCCUGUCGGUUAUCCGACCGUCGGAGGCCAUUUCUCUCCGGCUCUAUCCAGCGAAACCGCGGCCUGGUACCAGUGGCUGCAGUACAUUCGUAAUCAGCAGCAGCAGCAGCGCAACGCAAAGGACGCGGGGUCAGAUGACAAACCGGGCGUGACUAAGAAUAGUCAAAAUACUCCAACGCCAUUGGUCAAUGACCAAACGGUCGCAGCCAAUCAGGCUCAUUCAAAGAAUGACAGCUCCUUGGUGGGCAAAGGUCAUGCUACGGGUUCCGGCCAUGACGCUGGUCUGACUCUCACAGAUAUCACGCUGGAUUCGCUAGCGGAGAUGCCCGGAAGUGGCCUGGGACGCCCGUUGACCAUCCACGAUCAUGGACAUCCGGACCAUGAUCAUAGCAUCCACCAUUGAGAGGAAAUUAUGCCAAGUCCUUCAUUUACUAAAUAAUGUGGGUCAAUUACUUUGGUCUAGUUUGUCUGUGUCAGAUGCAUAACGAAUUACAGCUACGUUUAACCCAUUUAUGCCUAGUAGACUCUCCCAUCCUUCUAAAUUGGAUCAAUUUAUUUCCAAUAUUAGGGAUGUCUGGUAUAUUUAUUUCUAUUUUUAGAAUAUUUCUUACAGAAAUUCCUUUAAGCAAACAGCGCAGACCCUGAUGAGACGCCGCAUCAUGCGGCGUCUCAUCUGGGUCUACGCUGUUUGCCAAGGCCUUUUUUCUAGACGCUAGGCAUAAAUGUGUAAAUAUAUUUUUGGCUACAUACGCUGAAGACACAGAUGUCAAGGGAGCAGCUAGUAAAAUGUUGUCGACAACAGCCCAGCUAGCGUACUAUGUUGCACCGCACUUUGGUGUGUGCUGUUGUUUUCUUUAGAUCAAUUUUGUUUCAGACACGCUUUUUUAGCAGAUGUCAAGGUAAACAAUGUGUAAAUAAAGCAU